CCUUUCUAGCCGACUGCACCCUCUAUGAUCGCUCAAGACAACCGAGUCGAACCGGAGUGGGUGUGUGGACUUCCUUUAUCCUCUUCCUGCUUCCGGUUGGAGGGUGAUUUCCUUUUGUUCUCUAUGACAACGGUAUCCUGUACUGUUGUGUAUAGUUAAACUGGAGCUUCUUUGCCUCUUGGGAUUUCCCCCAAUUAGGUGGCAGAAAAGAUGUUUGAUUAUAUCAAAUCUUGGGCUGAAUAUAUUGUGGAAUGGGCUGCAAAGGAUCCUUAUGGAUUUCUUACAACAGUGAUCCUAGCUCUGACACCUCUAUUCUUAGCAAGUGCAGUACUGUCAUGGAAACUAGCGAAAAUGAUUGAAGCCAAAGAGCGAGAGCAAAAGAAGAAACAAAAGCGCCAGGAAAAUAUUGCUAAAGCUAAACGAACAAAGAAGGACUAAGAUGUCAAUCCUACUGGACAGAACUUUUCUCAAAAAGGCACUGUUCUUAAAUUUGCCUCUUUGCACAGAGAUGAAUGUGCAUAAAAUUGAAUAUUCUUGAAAUGACUUGUUUUUUACUUUGUGUUAAGUCUGUGGUAAUUCAUUAGGACUUACUUCCUAAUUUAGGGUAUAUUUGUACGCUACAGUGCAUGUCUAAAGUAUCUUUUUAAAAUUAUUGUCUCAUUGAUUGAAAACCUAAUUACUUAUGAUUUUAUAGCAUGGAAAAGAAAUGUACUGUUUAUUUUCUACACUCUUUUCUACUACAGACUUAACAGGAUAGCUUCUUUCUACUGUGACUUAUUUCUAUAUACCAGACUCUCCUGAUCUCAUUGUAAAAGUCAGUAUUUUCAUCUUGCAGUGAUCAAUUCAUUUGUUGGAACUUGUACUACCUUGACUAUGGAAUCUUACAUGGUAAUUAACAUUCCUACAGAAGUGUA